CUCAGUUCAGUUUGGCGCGCGAAACUUGACAACCGCGUUUGUGUUUUUUUAUUGAAAGGACUUUGUUGUGGUCUGUGGUUGUGUGGUUUUUAUUUUCAUUUAAUAUUAAUCACCAUGUCUGCAAACAAGAUGUUAUUCACCUGCGUAUUUGCGACUUCUCUCCUCGCCCUUGUGGCGUCAGCUGGAAACGAGUACCUACCACCAACAAAGGGAUACAACUAUCCACGACCGGAUAUACCAUUCCCCACCACCAUUAUUAACAGGCCAACUCCACCACCAUUCCGACCAACGCCACCUCCUGUAAGACCCACGCCGCCACCACAAAGGCCUACACCACCACCACAGAGGCCCACCUACAUACCACCAGGACCAACUCCCGGACCAUCUCCAACUCCCCACGAGCAUCACCAUGAGGAUCACGAACAUCACGAACACCACCAUCACCAUGAGCCAGGCAUGCCUUUUGACUUCGCUUAUACUGUGAACGAAGACGGCAAUGAUUAUAGCCACAACGCCAUCUCUGACGGAGACAUCACUCGAGGGCAAUACCGCGUCGCCUUACCCGAUGGACGUACACAGAUCGUCAAAUACACAGCCGACUGGAAGAAUGGUUUUAACGCCGAGGUUUCGUAUGAAGGCGAGGCAAGCUACCCAGACCAGCCGAACGGCAUCCGAACUGGUGGUCAGGCGUACGCCCCUCCUAGCCAAGGAGGCGGUUACCAGUAUUAGAAUUAACCUUAGAUAGAUGACGCUGUAAAUAAUAUCUUUAUGACUCACCAAAUAAAUCCAUGAAAACGGUUUUGAGAAAUUUAAACAAUUUACCAGAUUUUUAUACCUGUGAUAUUUUAUGGUUAUAUAUUACAAAUCGAUAAUUAACUGUACACAAUUGUUACCAAUAUCAAAGUGAAAAAUUAUAUUUUUUAUUUAGUUAUUUUGUAAAUUUUUUUCAAUAGAAUCACAAUAUGUUUAACCAUGAAAGUAGUAUAUUUUUUAAGAUGGAGCUGUGUAACUUAUAAACACAAAAUGCAUACCAUCUAAAUACAUUACAAUAAAUGAUAAAAUAUACAAAUAACAACUAAGUAACCAAACAGUAGUUAUAAUAUGUAAAAAAUAUUACAUCAAUAUUUGUCCUUUAUGCUCACACACCUGGGCUGACCAAAUAUAUAAUCAAAAGAUUUUGGAAAUCUAUUGAUAAUCGGAUAAACUAAAACAAAUAUAUUUUGUAAAAUACUCAAUACCACUGCCUUAAAUAAGCUUAAUUAAGACACUUAUUUAAUCUUAUAUUCUUUGUUUAAUGCAAAUAAAUAUAUUUUUAUUAAA